GACGCGCCGCUCCCCAGCACUUUUUUGGGCCCGAGAUAUGGCAAUGGUAGUUAGCAGCUGGCGAGAUCCGCAGGAAGACGUGGCCGGGGGCACCCCGAGCGGCCCCAAUCCCGCCGCGGCGCAGCCGGCCCGGGAGCAGCCGCCCCAGCAGCAGGGGGGCUCAGCCGCCCCGCACACCCCGCAGACCCCCAGCCAGCCGGGACCCCCCUCCACGCCGGGCACGGCCGGGGAGAAGGGAGCUGGCCAACAAGGCUCGGGGCAGAGCCAGCAGCACAUCGAAUGUGUGGUGUGCGGGGACAAGUCCAGCGGCAAGCACUACGGCCAGUUCACCUGCGAGGGCUGCAAAAGUUUCUUCAAGAGGAGCGUCCGCAGGAACUUAACUUACACAUGCCGCGCCAACAGGAACUGUCCCAUCGACCAGCACCACCGCAACCAGUGCCAGUACUGCCGCCUCAAGAAGUGCCUCAAAGUGGGCAUGAGGCGGGAAGCGGUUCAGCGAGGAAGGAUGCCGCCCACCCAGCCCAAUCCCGGCCAGUACGCCCUGACCAACGGCGAUCCCCUGAACGGGCACUGCUAUCUCUCGGGAUACAUCUCUCUGCUGCUGCGGGCCGAGCCCUACCCCACCUCCCGCUACGGCAGUCAGUGCAUGCAGCCCAACAACAUCAUGGGCAUAGAGAACAUCUGCGAGCUGGCCGCCCGCCUGCUCUUCAGCGCCGUCGAGUGGGCCCGCAACAUUCCCUUCUUCCCCGACCUGCAGAUCACCGACCAGGUGGCCUUACUGCGGCUCACCUGGAGCGAGCUUUUCGUCCUCAACGCUGCCCAGUGCUCCAUGCCCCUCCAUGUGGCCCCGCUCCUGGCCGCUGCUGGCCUCCACGCCUCCCCCAUGUCGGCCGACCGUGUCGUCGCCUUCAUGGACCACAUUCGCAUCUUCCAGGAGCAGGUGGAGAAGCUGAAGGCGCUUCACGUCGAUUCGGCCGAGUACAGCUGCCUGAAAGCCAUCGUUCUCUUCACUUCAGACGCCUGCGGCCUGUCGGAUGCUGCGCACAUCGAGAGCCUGCAAGAGAAGUCCCAGUGCGCGUUGGAGGAGUAUGUGCGGAGCCAGUACCCCAACCAACCCAGCCGCUUCGGGAAGCUGCUGCUGCGGCUGCCCUCCUUGCGCACCGUCUCCUCCUCCGUCAUCGAGCAGCUCUUCUUCGUCCGCUUGGUAGGUAAAACCCCCAUCGAGACCCUCAUCAGGGACAUGCUACUGUCGGGGAGCAGCUUCAACUGGCCUUACAUGUCCAUCCAGUGCUCCUAGAGCCCGGCCCGCACCCCCGGCGGAGAGGCGGCGGCGGACCGGCGGCAGCGGGAGCGGGAGCACUCGCACCGAGGGGGCAGUCGGGGUGCGGGGGGGGGGGGCCCGGGAGGCGGACACAGAACAAAAGAAGGGGCCGAGUAGGAGCAGAGGUGUGGCUGUGGUUAGGAGAAGGACGGACCUCGCGUCCGUGCAGGAGGAGAAGGAGGAAGAGGUGGUGGUGGCUUGUCGCUUGUUUUGGUUUUUUUUUUUCUUUUGGCCGUUUUUGGUUUGUUUUUUUUUUCUUCGGAGAGGAGGAAAAAAGAAUUAAAUAAUAAUAAUAAUAAAACAGACAAAAAAAGAAAAAAAAAUAAAAAAUAUAUUAAAAACCACAAAAAAAUGAGUAUUGAGGGGAUAUUAAUCAAACCUGAAGGGGAUACUGGAUCUUCCAGGAUUUAUUGUGGACUGUUGUUGAUAUAUGCUGUACAGUAACCAACAAAACAAAAUGCGUUGAAACUGAACUGAACUUUGUGUAGAAUGAAAAGCCGACAGAAGCAAGCAAACAACAAAACAACAAAAAAAAAUCCACACGCAAACACUUACCACGAGCAUUGUUACUCAUUUUGUAAAAUACUAGUCUUUAUUUUCAUUUUUUGUAAAACUUAAAACAUUGUAUGCGCAUAAAGACAAAAAAAGGAAACAAGAAU